UUCUUGGGCAUGAGUUAAUGCAUUAUCUCAAAAUAAAAAGGCAGGGUAAGAAGGGGUACAUGGCUCUAAAGGUUGACAUGGAAAAGGCCUAUGAUAGAGUCGAAUGGCCCUUCCUUCUGGCAGUUUUGGAUAAGAUGGGCUUUAAUUCUGUCUGGCAAGGAUUGGUACAUGAAUGUCUUAGAUCCGCUACUUUUUCGGUUCUGAUGAAUGGUACCUUCGAGUUUUUUUGGCUCCUCUCGGGGACUCAGACAGGGAGAUCCGUUGUCGCCUCUCCUGUUUGUGCUUUGCACGGAGGGGUUUGCGGCCCUUCUUCGGAAGGCGAUCUCGGUAAAGAAGUUGUAGGGGGUGAAGGUGGCGCCGCGUGCUCCUAGGAUCUCGCAUCUGUUUUUCGCGGAUGAUUCCUAUCUAUUCCUGCGAGGUUCCCUUCAGGAGUGUGAGAAUUUAAUUAUGGUGCUCAAUGAGUAUGAGGAGCUGAGUGGGCAGCGGGUUAACCUGGAAAAGUCGGCAGUCUGCUUUCGCAAAAAUAUUGCCUUGGCUGAUCAGGAGUUUUUGGCUACGAUUCUUGGGGUCGGUGCAGUAGGGGUUCAUGAUAAGUACUUGGGGCUACCCACUUUGAUUGCCCGAUACAAAAUGGCGACAUUCAGGUAUCUAGAGGAGAAACUACUGGCGCGUCUGCAGUGGUGGAAACAGAAAACUUUAUCCUGGGCGGCUAAGGAGACUUUAAUUAAAUCAAUUGCUUUGGCCUUGCCCCUGUAUGUUAUGUCAUGUUUCCGGUUGCCCCUCUCCCUUUGUCGUUUGUUGGAUAAACAUGUGGCCCGUUUCUGGUGGAGAGUUGAGGAUGGUCACCCCAAGAUUCGGUGGGUGUCCUGGCGGAACCUUUGCAGGAGCAAGCAUGACGGGGGUUUAGGUUUUCGCAGGUUUGAACAUUUUAACCAGGCUCUCUUAGCAAAGAUUGGCUAGCGUAUUCUCCAUGAGCCGCACUCCCUCCUGGUUCAGGUGUAUAAAGGGAAGUACUUUCCUCAAGGAUCUUUUCUGUCUGCUACUGCCCGGUCUAGGCCUUCUUGGGGUUGGCAGAGUAUCCUGUUUGGGCGUCAGCUUUUAGAGGCAGGUUUAAGAUGGCAGAUAGGCAAUGACCUCUCGGCCUCCCUUGUACAUUCUAAAUGGAUUCCUGGCUUCAGCUGGAUUCCCCUUGCUAUAAUCCCCGCAUCCUGCCAAAUGGGGGGGGAUCCCUUGGUGGCUGAGGUUAUUUGUCAAGGGGAAGGGCGUUGGGAUGAGAAUAAGCUUUGUCAAUGGUUUGACCCUUCUGUCUGUCGGGCCGUUAAGGCUAUCCCACUUCCGAGGCGGAAUGUGGAUGAUAAACUUAUCUGGCAUAACACUGCUGAUGGGGUGUUCUCGGUUAAGAUGGCAUAUCAUCUGACAGUUGAGCUUGACAGGAGGAGGGGUGGGUGGCGGGAAUCGGUGAGUUAGAUGGAUAGGAAAAGCUGGAUCCGGUUGUGGGAAGCUAAGAUCCCUCCAAAGCUUAAAGUCUUUGUCUGGCAAAUUUUGAAUUGGGCCCUGCCAACCACAGAGGCGCUCAUUGAAAAGAAGGUUCCUGUGCUGCCUCGGUGUCCGGUUUGUUGGGAGGGUCCCGAGACGAUGGAGCACUUGUUUCUCUACUUCCCGGUUGCGCGGGCCCUCUAGGACUACUCGGGGUUGGAUUAUUUAUGGGAGGCUUUGCCUCAACACACAUUUCCACUGUUUCUAAAGCGGAUGCUUGCCCUUGUCCAUGAUCCGUCGCUGUUUAUGACGGUGGUUGCCAUCCUCUGGCGGAUCUGGCGAUCGCGAAUCUGGGUUGUCUUUGAAGGCAAACAGUUUGGGAUUCCGGCUUUAAUGCGCCAGCAAUAUGAGGAGUGGGUGGGUCUGCCGGUUGACCAGCAACCAAGGAUGUCUUUCCAGGUGAUCCAGCCUGGGACCCGCGUGGAUGACUCUCGGUUGGUUUGCAUGUGGGACGGGGCAACUAGGAGGGGGUCACACUCGGCUGGUGGGAUGGUUCUUUGUGGUUAGAGAAGGACGGUCCUUCGGGCUAAAGGUGUGCAAUUUACACGAAUUGAUGAGCCGAUGGUGGUGGAGCUGCUAGUGCUGCAUGAGGCUAUCACUUGGUGUUUAGUGUGGGGUUUGUCCGAUGUUCGGUUCGAAGGGGAUGCGAAGGUCAUUAUUGACAAGAUUAAUGAAGCCGAUUCGCGCGACAAUCACUUGGGGGCAGUCCUGGAAAAAAUUUGUCAAUAUUUUGCUGCCCAUCCGGGGUUUAGUGUGCAGUUUGUAGGUCGGGAUAACAAUAGAGUAGCUCAUUCGGUAGCUAGAAAAGCCCUCUCUUUGCACCCGAAUGGGAAUCGCUUGUUUGAUUUCAGAGCCUGGCUGCUUUCCAGGAUGUAACUAUCUUUUUGAUUGGAUUAAUAUAUGAUAUCUUUUGACAAAAAAAAAAAGGUACGCGAAGUGUAAACUGAAUGGAGUUCCAUUCCACAAAUAAUUAAGAAACUUUAAUGAAUUGUCUCGGCGUUGCUGAAAUGGUAUUCAGUUACCCAAAGGCAAAAUAAUUUUACCAGACCAGCUGAAAAUAAUUAAAGACAUUGUUCUAGGGAUCGACUAUGACCGUAACUUCAUAAGAGUUUCCACCAAGCAAGUUCCGAAGGGCGACAUAGUCACCAUUGACAUCUACAUGACUUACUAUAGAUGCAACAAUCCUUUGUAAGUAUAGCGAUGGGAAAACGACCUCAACAUCAUUGAUGUUAUCCUCAAUUGUACUCUGGAUGCAGCUCACCAGGAUGUCCUCAAAUCCGUGAUACGUCCAAAGAAGAGGUAGGAAGUACCCGGGUGUAAUAAAAGAAACGGAUUUUAGAAAAAAAAAUGCAAAAAAAAAAAAACAGAAUGUAGAAUGAUGAAUAACAAAUAUCAUGUGUUAAUAACCUGAUUUUCACCAUCCAACUGCAGCAAAAUAAGUUUUAUGGUAUCAGUAACGUCACACAUAGCAAUGACUUCCUCAUAUUUCAGAUUUGCAAUGAAACCAUGAUCGUGGUAAAUAUGCCUAUAUAUUACACCGCUAGCAAUGAAUGUGAGUAGGAAAAAGAAGCGGAAUAAACUGCAAUGUUAUGGGUUGAUUGCAUAAACACCACUUACUGGUUCCAUUGAGGUACAAACAUCCAUGGUGAAUGCAAUUGCGUCGCCGAUUCCCGUAUGAAUUUGCGAGUUUGCAAGUAACUUUGGUUUUUUUUUUGUAGCAGUACAAGAAUGAUUGAUUUAUGUUAUUGUAAUCGGCACAACACGCAAGGCAACUAAACUGGUUGCACGUUAUGCGGUGGCGGCAUGAGAUGGGAGAAUAUGGGUACGAAUUUGAGUUGCGGUUUUGAAUUUGACAGGAGAAGAAUUAUGCUUCCGAGGAGGUUACCGCCUGAUGUAGUGGUAUGUCGUAGUGUGUUUUGUUGUUGAAUCCUAUUAGGUAUCCUGUUGAACAUAAAAUGGAAAUAUCUUUGACUUUCCCAGACAUAAUGUAGAGGAUUUUCCAAGAAUGUAGCUCAUUUGAUAUGACACAGAAGGACUACUAACAGUAAGUGCAUGAAGAUUAGCCUUUGAAGUAUCUGAAUGAAAGUUAAUUUAUAGAACUGAACGCAAUUGGAAGCAAAGAAAGCGGAAGAUCAAGAAGACGGAAGUUGACUGCAACCUUGAGGACAAGGUCGCUUUCAAGGAGGGUGGAAUGUUAGAGAGAUAUAUUAGUAUAAUAAUAAUAAUUAAUGAUGUUAGGGUUGGCGGCUAACCUAGGUCGAUUAGGUUAGGACUAGUUCAUUAGGGUUUUGGGUUUAUUUCCUAUAUAUAUGUACUUUGGGUUUACGUCAGAAUCAGUCAAGAAUAAUAUUACAGAACAACUAUGUCGUCAUGGUAUUUGUAAUGGUAACCGGUUUUUGGUUUGGUUUUUGAAAAGAGACGGGACGUUUCACAAUAUGUCGUCAUGGUAUUUGUAAUGCCAUCGGCAACAAAUGAAUAAAACAAUAUAUU